GAGCCGUUUGCGUUCGGUGCACGCGCGAGCGGCGGUGUGAUGAGAAGGCGAGUAGGGUCCCCGUAACCUCAGCAUCAGCAGCCGCGGAGGUGGGGGCGGAGGUGGAGGAGGAGGAGGAGAAGGACCGUCGACGAGGAUGCUGCUGCACUGAGCCAUCCUCGGCACCGUUCAACCAUCCGUCCACGCGCGAGGCUCCGGUAUCUCUAGUAGGAUGAAGGAAUAAGCUGGGAGGAGGCGCAAGGAGCAGCAAGGCAGGAUAAAGGAGGAAAAGCGGAGGAAAAGGAGGAAGAGAACGAGGAAGGGGGGGCCGAAGAGCAAGGAUGAAUCCGGCGGAUGGUGGAGGAGAAGCGGGGCCCGAUGGCCUGGCUACGGCAGGCUCUGGGAAACCCAGCAGUGUCCGUGCCGUUGACGUCUUGACUGUGUUGCGAGAGAAGGUUGCCUUUGUGUCAGGUGGGAGGGACAAACGUGGAGGACCCAUCAUGACCUUUCCUGCUAGAACUAACCAUGAUCGAAUAAAGCAGGAGGACCUGAGCCGGUUGGUCACCUACCUGUCUACCAUUCCGAGUGAGGAAGUGCGUGGCAGGGGCUUCACUGUGGUGGUGGACAUGCGAGGCAGUAAGUGGGACAGUGUCAAGCCGGUCUUGAGGACACUGCAAGAGACUUUCUCUACCCACAUCCACAUAGCGCUGCUCAUCAAACCUGACACCUUCUGGCAAAAGCACAAGACCAACCUGGGCAGCGCCAAGCUAAGUUUUGAGACGAGCUUGGUGUCCCUAGAUGGGCUGGCCAGGGUUGUGGACCCCUCUCAGCUCACAGCUGAUUUGGGUGGUUCCCUGGAGUACGACCAUGUAGAAUGGACGGAGUUGCGUCUGGGUUUAGAGGAGUUCUGUGGUGCUGCCACGCAGCUGCUAGCCCAGCUGGAGCAGCUGGAGGCGGGACUGAACAGUGUGCCCGAACCCCAAGAUGUAGAAGAGGCUCGCAAACUUUUAGACGAUCACACUCGACUUCGUAACACUGUCACCACAGCGCCUGUGGACGUGCUGGACCGAGAGGGGCGGAGCUUGUUGCAGCGUAUGCGUCUGGGGUCCACAAAUGGUGAUACAUCGGUUGAAAGUAGUGGAGGUGGUGGCAGUUGGUUGUCAGGUGGGGCAGACUUCCAUGGCGUCGCCCCUCAAGUGUCCCAGCUGCUGGAGCGACUGCAGACAUCGAGAGCUCACCUGCUCGAGGAGUGGAGCAACAGAAAGCUUCAUCUGGACCAGCUGUUGCAACUGCAUUUGUUCACUCAGGACGCCGCAAAGAUGUCCGAGUGGAUUCGCCACAGUAAAGAGUUGUUAAUGCAAACUCUGGCGGAGGUGGGCCAAAACCAUCAGCAUGCACUCGACCUGCAGACACAACAUCAGCACUUCACCUCCAACUGCAUGAACGGCAGCGUGAAUGUGGACAGCGUGGUCACUGUGGCCAGCCGGCUCUCAGAGGCCGGUCACUAUGGUGCAGAGAAGAUCUCUUUGGUGUCCUCACAAUUACAGGAAGACUGGAAGUCCCUCACUUCUGCUCUCGAAGAACGUAGCAACACUCUGGCCAUGGCGACCGGCUUUCACCAAGGAGCAGAACAGUUCCUGCUCAAAGUUGGAGGAUGGGUCCAAAAGUGCUCUGAGGCCUCGUUACCAUCAACCAGCUCGGAUAUUGAAGCGGAAGUGAAGAAGCACCAGAAGCUGAAUGAAGAGAUUACCUCCGACUACACCCAGGUCAAUGAGAGCGGGAGAGCCUUAAUGGACGUCCUACAGCGCUGCUCAGCUAAAGAGUCUGACGACACUUCGGUCAAACCGGACUUCACCGCCGCAACUCACUGCAUUAUGGGUAUCUUACACCAGAUCAUGCAGGGCCAGCAGGAGGUGGACGGCGCUUGGCAACAUCACAAGUUACGUCUGCAUCAGCGCCUGCAGCUCUGUGUGUUCCAGCAAGAUGUCAGACAGGUGCUGGAGUGGGUGGAGCAGCACGGGGAGGUUUUCCUCAACAAGCAUGUUGGAGUAGGGAAGUCUCUCCAUCGAGCAAGAGCACUUCAGAAACGCCACAACGACUUCCAGCAGGUCGCCCAGAACACAUACACCAAUGCUGAGAAGCUUCUGGAAGCAGCUGACCAGCUGGCCCAGUCCGGAGAGUGUGAGCAGGACGAGAUCUACCAGACAGCACGAGACUUAGAGCUACGCAUGCAGUCCUUCAUUCAGAAAGUGGAGCAGCGGAAACUUCUUCUCGACUUAUCUGUCUCAUUCUUCACUCAUAUCAAAGAGCUCUCAGCGUGGAUGGAGGGUCUUCAGACUCAGACGGUGUCGGUGUCGUCAGUGGACACAGUGGAAACGCUUCAGAGUCUCAUCAGUCAGCAGCAACAGCAGCAGAGCAACACACAGGAAGCUGCAUUGAGCGUCAUCCGUGAAGGAGAAGAUCUCACCCUGCAGCUCAGGCCUCUUGGUGGUUCUGUCGCUCAUGUUGAGGCAGUGCUCCAGCAGCUGGAGGAGUCCCACGUCCAGCUGGAGGAGCUGUUUCAUCAGAGGCGCAUCCGGCUCGACUUGUAUCUGCAGUUCAGGAUCUUGCACCAGUGCACCCUUGAGGUGACAGGGGAGAUGGACGCGUGGAAGCAGGAGCUCCAAAAGCAGUCGCAGGACUUCUGCGCCGAGAAAUUAACUUCACCGCGUGUGUCUGACUCUAACCAUGAGCAGGCCGGGCGCCUACCCGAGGCCAGUCCAGAGGCACUAACACUGGCACAGCAGCGCAUCCACAGGCACAUGGAGCGACGACUGGCUCUUAACAACAUGGUGUACGACAUCCUGCAGCAGGGGCAGGACCUACAGCAGUACAUCAGUGAAGUCCAGGCCACAGGCAUAGAGCCAACAGAGGGAGAGUGGUCCGUCCUCUCGUCAAAGGUGGAUGAGCUGCAGAGCCUCUUGCAGGACAAGCAGAAGGAGCUGCAGCAGAUGGCAGACCACACACACACACACCUUGAGCAGAGCCUUCAGCUGAGACACCUUCAGAGUCAAGUGAAGCAGGUCCUGGGGUGGAUCUCAGAGGGAGAGGUCAUGCUGUCGUCCUGCAUGUUGAACUCUGGCUGUUUAUCCGAAGCAGAACAGUUGCAGAGAGAGCACGAGCGCCUGCAGCAGUCCAUAGAGGCGCUUCUACACGCUGACUCCCUCCAGAGGACUCACCAGGUUGCUCUAGCUCUGCAGCAAAGGGCCGAGCUUCUGGUCAGAGCUGGUCACUAUGAUCCAGAUGCAGUAAGAGCGUGUGCCCAGACGGUGGCUCUACACUGGCAGACUCUGAUGUUGAGGAUUGAGGACAGACUGAAGCUUGUGAACGCCUCGGCUGCCUUUUACAGGACCUCGCAGCAGGUGUGUGGGGUCCUGGAGAGCCUGGAGCAGGAGUAUCGGCGGGAGGAGGAUUGGUGCGGUGGAGGGGAGCGACAGCCAGAGCAGCUGCUGCCUCUUGUCAGCAAACACACGGAGCAAAAGGAGGCCUUCUUGAAGGCCUGCACACUGGCCAGACGCAAUGCCGAGGUCUUCCUCAAGUACAUCCACCGCAACAGUGUCACCAUGGCAACCAUCUCAGGGGUGACGGGUGUCAGUGAGGUCAGCGGUCAUGCUCACUCCAGAGUCCCCGAACAGCAAGUCAAAGGAAUCCUGAGUGAACUGCUUCAGAGGGAAAACCGAGUUCUUCACUUCUGGACUUUGAAAAAACGCCGUCUAGAUCAGUGUCAACAGUUCCUGAUGUUUCAGAGCCACACCCAGCAGGCUUUGGAUUGGCUUCAAGAUUCUGGUGACCACUACCUUGCAACACACACAUCUCCAGGGUCGACCAUGGCAGAGACACAAGAACUGCUGAAACAACACAGAGAAUUCUGUGUGUCUGCAAAGAACACUCAGGAGAAAGUUCACCUGCUCAUCCAGCUCGCCGAAAGCAUGUUGGCCAAAGGCCACGCCCACCGGACGGAGCUACGCCGUUGUGUGUCAACAGUCGACAAGCGCUACAGAGAUUUUACUGCCAGGAUGGGGCAAUAUCGGAACCUUCUGGAAGCUGCCAUGGGAGGCUGUUGCCAGGAUAGCCAAGAUCUGGACUUAGAGUUGAUCCCCAACAGUCUGUCUGACUCUGACCCCGAGGUCAACUUGUCUGACCCUGCCCAUCAGGUCAGCGAUGAAAAGAGGCGCUCUGCACGCAAGAAAGAGUACAUCAUGGCUGAGCUGCUGCAGACGGAGAGGGUCUACGUGCGAGACCUUCAGGAGUGCAUCGAGACGUAUCUAUGGGAGAUGACCAGCGGAACUGAUGUCCCCACUAGUCUUGUAAAUAAGGACGACGUCGUGUUUGGAAACAUCCAGGACAUUUACGAAUUUCACAACAGUAUUUUCCUGAAGGAGCUGGAAAACUACGAGCAGCUUCCAGAAGAUGUGGGACAUUGUUUUGUCACCUGGGCGGACAAGUUCCACAUGUAUGUCACAUACUGUCGCAACAAGCCAGACUCCAGUCUCCUGAUCCAGCAGCAUGGAGGAGGCUUCUUUGAGAGCGUGCAGCGGCGGCAUGGUCUUAACAACUCCAUCUCAUCCGCACUCAUCAAACCAGUCCAGAGGAUCACCAAGUACCAGCUUCUGCUCAAGGAGCUGCUCGCGUGCUGUGAGGAAGGGAAGGGAGAGAUAAAAGAGGGCCUGGACGUGAUGCUGAGUGUCCCCAAGAGGGCCAACGACGCCAUGCAUGUCAGCAUGCUGGAAGGACUGGAGGAAGGGCUGGAGGUUCAGGGAGAGCUUCUCCUUCAGGACUCUUUUCUGGUCUGGGAGCCCAAAUCACUGAUUCGGAAAGGACGAGACCGUCAUCUGUUUCUGUUUGAGCUGUCGCUCAUCUUCAGCAAAGAGAUUAAAGACUCAUCUGGACGAACCAAAUACCUGUACAAGAAUCGUCUGAGGACUUCAGAGUUGGGCGUGACAGAACACAUAGAGGGUGACGCCUGUAAAUUUGCUCUGUGGGUCGGACGCACCCCAACAUCAGACAACAAGACUGUCCUCAAGGCGUCAUCCCUGGAGCUGAAGCAGGAAUGGGUCCGCAGCAUUCGCCAGGUGAUUCAGGAGAGACGGGGCCACCUGCGAGGAGCGCUCCGAGAACCGAUACCUUUACCCAAGACUCCCAAUCCGACUCUGGGGCGCCAGCGAAGCAUCAAUCGAAGGGAUACGAGCGAGGACGCUGACAGCCUGGGAGACGCCAGCAGUCAACCCGACACUGUUUCUAUAGCUUCCCGAACAUCUCAGAACACUGCAGACAGUGACAAGAUGUCAGGAGGUUGUGAGUUAGUAGUGGUCUUGGUGGACUUCUCCUCCGGCUCGCCGUCAGAACUCAGCGUUCGCUCUGGUCAGACUGUGGAGCUGCUUGAGCGACCUGCAGACAAACCAGGGUGGUGUCUGGUCAGAACCACAGACCAAACCCCACAGAUGGAGGGUCUGGUGCCGGCCAGUGCUCUGAGUCUGUCACACUCCCACAGUGCCCCUGACAUGGAAGGGCUUCUCCCACCAUCCACCACUGCUACCACCACAUCUUCUAGCCCUCCAUCUUCUUCUAAUAAUGCUAUCUCCUCCAGCUCCAUGACGACCAGCACCUCCUCAACAGUGAGCAGCACCAGAGACUCUUGUCAGGAUGGUACUGCCUCCCAGAACCAGAAUUCCAGUCCAAGUGUGGUACCAGUGUGUGGUGUGAACACAGCUCCAGGUUGUGCUGUUAGCUCCCCGGGCCCAAAACGAACCAGCUCUGGAACUGGAAACACUCUAAAGCGCUGGUUGACCAGUCCAGUACGCAGGCUGAGUCAGGGAAAAGCUGACGGACAGAAGAAACUGCCAAUCAGAAACAGGAGGCGGGACAACCGGGCAGAGCUGGCCACACCUCUCACUGUCAACACGCAGAAGGCCAGGAAGGAUGAGGCAGGACAGAGCGGAGGUGAGGAGGAGCCUGAAGAGGAGAGCCACACCCCAUUACCCCCACCGAUGAGGAUCAUUAAGGACCCCAAUAAUGCUGAGGCUAUGGACUCUGAUCAGAGCUCGAACGAGUCCAAUGAAUCAGAGACCAGAUCGAAGAGCCGAGCCCUGAGAGGACGCACGUUUGUGGUGAAUGAGAUGGUGCAGUCAGAAAAGGACUACGUGAAGGACCUGGCGGUCAUCACUGAGGGCUUCAUGUCCAGGCUGGAGGUUCGGGGGAUUCCGGAAGACAUGAGAGGAAAAGACAAGAUUGUGUUUGGAAACAUUCAACAGAUCUACGACUGGCACAGAGAUUUCUUCCUGGGGGAGUUGGAGCGCUGUGUCCAGAAUCACGACCUGCUGGCUGACCUCUUCAUCCGACAUGAGCGUCGUCUGCACAUGUAUGUGGUCUACUGUCAGAACAAGCCGAGGUCUGAGUUCAUCGUCGUCGAGUACGAAAAGUUCUUUGAGGAGAUCCAGCGGGAGAUCAGUGUCAGAAUGUCAAUUAGUGAUUUUCUCAUCAAACCAGUGCAGAGAAUCACCAAGUAUCAGCUGUUGCUCAAGGAUUUCCUCAAGUUCUCCUUAAAAGCUGGACUGGACUGCGAGGAGAUUGAGAAAGCAGUGGAGCUGAUGUCGCUCGUCCCCAAACGCUGCAAUGACAUGAUGAACUUGGGACGGCUGCAGGGAUAUGAGGGGUCGCUAACAUCACAGGGGAAGCUUCUGCAGCAGGAGACCUUCUGCGUGUGGGAGCAGGACGGCGGCGUCUUGUCUCGGAGUAAGGAGAGACAUGUCUUCCUCUUUGAGCAAAUUGUCAUUUUCAGCGAAUUGCUGCGGAAGGGAACCAGCAAUCAUGGCUACCAGUAUAAGAAUAGCAUUAAGGGGAGUUACCUGGACAUGCAGGACAGUGUGGACGGGGACCCCUGCAAGUUUGUGCUUUGGUCUCGCGGCUCAGCUGAACGCUUCACGCUGCAGGCGUCUUCCAGCAGCAUCAAAACCACCUGGGUGGAAAACAUCGCCGCCCUGCUGGAUGCUCAGAAUAAUUUCCUGACUGCUCUUCAGUCUCCAAUUGAGUACCAGAGGAAGGAGGGGGUGCUCUCUGUGACCCGCCCACUGUCGUCAGGGAGACAGCAAUCUAUACCACACACUCCCAAUGGCCAUGCUCCGCAGCCUUUGCCCGACAGUGAGCAGGAUGACCAGGAACUGGUGCUGGUGCUGCAGGACUUUGUGGCUGUUAGAGAAGAUGAAAUCUCUGUGUUCCGUGGUGAGAAAGUUCAGAUAUUGGGAUCCAACCAGCAAGGCCAAAGCCUCGUGUACCGACCCGCCAACACGGAUUCUCCAGCAGCGGAGGGCUGGGUGUCACGAAGCGUGUUGAACACACACUGACACACAAACUAAAGGACACACAUGCAGCAGGUACUGUUCAACUCGCCCUCUUGGUGCUCACACUUAUUCACCUGCCUCCUGUUUACUGACCUGAGCAAAGAGUGGACAUCACGACCAUAAGGAGGAACAUCACAUAUCCACGUGCCCAGAGCUCGUUGCCUAGCAACAAAAAAAAAAUAAAGUUUACAAAAUGAUCUAAUCAGGGCGCAGCUCAGUGUGUGAUGAAGAUUAUAAAUGAGAAUGAAGUAUUCGGUUUCAUCUAACUAAAGAAGAAAAUGUGUGUGCCAGUGUGUCGUGGUGUAGCGUUGCCAUGACAACCCAUGUUUGUGGUGACUCCAUUUUUUUUUUUUUAUCUUGAUUUUGGGCCUUUUGGUGAAUCACAAUUGCCACGUGCAUCUUCUCGUAUGGUCCCCGACCUUGCCAUACAUGAAACCUUCUGGUUGUUUUGAAGUGACAUACAUUUGUAUAUCAACCAUGACCUUUAUUCUGGACCUGACACACACUAUUUAUUAUAUAUAUAUAUAUAUAUAUAUAUAUGACAUGUAUAAUAGACAGGAAGCUCAUGAUUGACAGGCGUAGCAUAUACAGAGUCACAACCAGUGCCGUGUCCAGCAGGUGGGCGUGGUCACUCAAGGACAUCCACAACCUCAACUUGUCUAUGGGACAUUGUUAUUUGUACAGACAUGCAGCUGAUUGGUUGUCAGCUACUCUCUGUUAUUGUUUGUAAUAAAUGUCAUUUUUCAUCCACGCAGUCGCAUUUUAAAUCCCCGAGCUGCUUACUCACACAUGGUCCUGCUGCAUUUGUAAAUAUUCUUUCUCUACUUCAUGAUGUAUUUGACCUGUGGCCUAGAAAUAUCCUAAUAUCGUUGCUUUCUUUGCCGUAUAAUUUUGUCACUUCAUGAAAGUGUAAUUUCAUGACAUUUAGCGGCAAUAAGAGCAUCGGGGGUUGUGGGGACUGGGAAAGGCACGUGUGGUUGCCGUGUCAAAAUUCAAAUUUAUCUGCGUGUUCAACUAUCUUGUUUAAUCCCGUCAAUAUCUGCCGACAUCAGAACACACCAUAUGAUUCAAAGAUCACCUUCCUUGGAAGCUGAUGAGAGGAAAAACAGGAAGA